GUGCCGCCACCUGGAGUCCUGGAGACGGCGGCCGAGGGGAAGCCGCCCUCGUUAGCCACCUGCUUGGCCGGCUGGACCGGCGCGGCUCCAGAGCGUGAGCGUCCAGUGCCCCGUGGGAUCCGCCAUGGACACCAUUUAAGGAAAGAGCCGUUGCUGUCACCUCUGGACGUGAUGAGCAGACCAACUUGCCAAGCGUGCGGCGUCUGAAGAUUAAAGGUGGAGCCAACCGUAGAAGCAGCAGCAGCGAUUCCACUCACUGGUUAUUGGGCUUGAAACUCCCCGACCUGGGAAGCUGAAGAUGCGGUUGCCAUGGGAACUGCUGGUCCUGCAGUCUUUCGUGUCCUGCCUCGCAGAUGACCACUCGCCGCGCGGCCCGGUCUUCCUUCAAGAGCCAAGUCCCAUCAUGUUCCCUCUGGGCUCCGAGGAGAAGAAAGUGAAGCUCAGUUGUGAAGCUAAAGGGAACCCCGAGCCUCGUAUCAGGUGGAAGUUAAAUGGAACAGAUGUUGACACUGGCCUGGAUUUCCGCCACAGUGUCGUUGAAGGCAGCUUGUUGAUCAGUAACCCCAAUAAAACCCAAGAUGCUGGGACGUACCAGUGCGUAGCAACAAACUCGUUUGGAACAAUUGUUAGCAGAGAAGCAAGGCUUCAGUUUGCUUAUCUUGAAAACUUCCAGACGAGGACGAGGAGCACCGUGUCCGUCCGCCAAGGCCAGGGGAUGGUGCUGCUGUGCGGCCCGCCGGCCCACUCCGGAGAGCUGAGCUACGCCUGGAUCUUCAACGAGUACCCCUGCGCCCAGGACAACCGCCGCUUCGUCUCGCAGGAGACCGGGAACCUGUACAUCGCCAAGGUGGAGCGGUCCGACGUCGGCAACUACACCUGUGUGGUCACCAACACGGUGACCAACCACAAGGUCCUGGGCCCCCCCACGCCCCUGGUCCUGAGGACCGACGGGGUGAUGGGCGAGUACGAGCCCAAAAUAGAAGUGCACUUCCCAGAGACGGUCCCCAUGGCCAAGGGCGCCACGGCCAGGCUGGAGUGCUUCGCCCUGGGAAACCCGGUGCCGGCUAUCCUCUGGAGAAGAGCCGACGGGAAGGCCAUGGCGAGGAAGGCGCGGAUUCGGGAGACCGGCGGGAUUCUGGAAAUCCCCAACUUCCAGCAGGAGGACGCCGGCCUGUACGAGUGCGUGGCCGAGAACCUGCGCGGGAGGAACGUGGCGAGGGGCCAGCUGACCUUUUACGCUCCACCUAAUUGGAUCCAGGUGAUAAACGACGUCCGCGUGGCCAUGGAGGAGGACGUCUUCUGGGAGUGCAGAGCGAGCGGGAGGCCGCGGCCCACGUACCGCUGGCUGAAGAACGGGGAGCCGCUGCUGGCUCGGGACAGGGUUCGCAUGGAGCCCGGGACCCUCAACAUCAGCAGCGUGAACCUGUCGGACGCCGGCAUGUACCAGUGCGUGGCCGAGAACCAGCACGGCGUCGUCCUGGCCAGCGCGGAGCUCAGCGUGAUAGCUGCAGGCCCAGAUUUUUCGAGAACCCUCUUAAAAAGGGUCACUCUCGUCAAAGUGGGAGGCGAAGUGGUCAUCGAGUGUAAGCCCAGAGCGUCCCCCCGACCAGCCUACACCUGGAAGAAGGGAAGGGACGUCCUGCGAGAAAAUGAAAGAAUCACCAUUUCUGAAGACGGAAGCCUCAGGAUCGUUAACGUGACCAAGUCAGACGCUGGCAGCUACACCUGCGUCGCCACCAACCACUUCGGAACGGCCAGCAGCACCGGGAACUUGGUGGUGAAAGAUCCCACCAGGGUGAUGGUGCCCCCGGCCAGCAUGGACGUGACCGUCGGGGAGAGCAUCGUGCUGCCCUGCCAGGUGACCCACGACCACUCGCUGGACAUCGUGUUCACGUGGCUCUUCAACGGCCACCUCAUAGACUUCGACAGGGACGGAGACCACUUCGAGAGAGUCGGGGGGCAGGACUCGGCAGGCGACCUGAUGAUCCGCAACAUCCAGCUGAAGCACGCCGGCAAGUACGUGUGCUCGGUGCAGACCAGCGUGGACCAGCUGUCCGCAGCCGCGGCCCUGAUCGUGCGAGGCCCCCCAGGCCCCCCCGAGGCCGUGACCAUCGAUGAGAUCACAGACACCACCGCCCAGCUGUCCUGGAGGCCCGGGCUGGACAACCACAGCCCCGUCACCCUGUACGUCAUCCAGGCCCGCACCCCGUUCUCCGUGGGCUGGCAGGCGGUUAGCACAGUCCCGGAGCUCGUCGAUGGGAGGACACUCACCGCCGCCGUGGUGGGCCUGAACCCCUGGGUGGAGUACGAGUUCCGCGUCGUGGCCGCCAACGCGAUCGGGAUCGGGGAGCCCAGCCGGCCCUCCGAGAAGCGCAGGACAGAGGAGGCCCUGCCUGAGGUCACGCCCGCCAACGUCAGCGGUGGGGGAGGCAGCAAGUCCGAGCUGGUCAUCACCUGGGAGACGGUCCCCGAGGAGCUGCAGAACGGGAGGGGCUUCGGCUAUGUGGUGGCCUUCCGGCCCUACGGCCAGACCACCUGGAUGCUGACAGUGCUGGCCUCGGCCGAUGCCUGCAGAUACGUGUUCAGGAACGAGAGCGUGCGCCCCUUCUCCCCCUUCGAGGUGAAGGUGGGCGUCUACAACAACAAGGGGGAGGGCCCCUUCAGCCCCGUCACUGUCAUCUACUCCGCAGACGAAGAGCCCACCAAGCCACCAGCCAGCAUCUUCGCCAGAAGCCUGUCUGCCACCGACAUCGAGGUUUUCUGGGCGUCCCCCAUGGAGAAGAGCAGAGGCCGGAUACAGGGCUACGAGGUUAAAUACUGGAGACAUGAGGACAAGGAAGAAAACGCUAGAAAGAUACGGACGUUCGGCAAUCAGACAUCAACCAAAAUCACCAACUUGCAAGGCAGCGCGCUGUACCACCUGGCCGUGAGGGCCUACAACUCCGCGGGCCCCGGCCCGUCCAGCGCCACGGUCAACGUGACCACCCGGAAGCCACCGCCAAGUCAGCCCCCCGGAAAUAUCACGUGGAAUUCGUCAGACUCUAAGAUCAUCCUGACCUGGGACCAAGUGACGGCCCUGGCUAACGAGUCGCAAGUGAGAGGAUACAAAGUCCUGUACAGGUGGAGCAGGCAGAGCAGCACGUCCGUCAUUGAGACCAACAGAACGUCGGUGGAGCUGUCUUUGCCUUUUGAUGAGGACUAUAUCAUCGAGAUCAAGCCAUUCAGCGACGGAGGGGAUGGAAGCAGCAGCCAGCAAAUUCGAAUUCCAAAGAUAUCAAACGCCUACGCGCGGGGGGCCGGGCCGUCCGCCCCCCACGCCUGCACGCUGUCGGCCAUCAGCACCAUCAUGAUCUCCCUCACAGCCAGGUCCAGCUUGUGACGAUCGCCGUCGGGAGGACUUGCUGUUGUCAUGAAUGGCGCUACACAGUACUUCCUCAGAGCAGACCUAGCUUUGUCUGGUGUCCCUUCGGAGACUCUGCGAUGCACUGAAGACAUCUGGAACACGAUGUUACCAAAGCAGUUUACAUAUGUCCUUAUAUGCAUAUUUUUUAUUAUAUAUUUAGUGUUUUAUAGAAUUUUUUAAAGUUAACAUGAAAUGUAGAUAUUCAUUUUCUCCUCUGCUGUACAAUGCUAUGGGCAGCCACCCCACAAUCGCUGCUGGAGAUGUCUCCUGUAAGGACAGAGGUGGACGGGCACCAGGCCGAGGCGGGCAGCGUGCUGAGUUACUGGGGCGGGCAGCGGAAGACACGGCCGGUGUGGGACGCUCUGGACGGAGCGGGCGCUGGCCCAGCGCCUGUGAGCCGUGCGGCCUGUGUCCGGCCUGUGGGGAUUCAGGUGCUCAGCACCACCUGAGGUGGUUGGGAAUGGCUGCGCCCUCGAAGCCUGAACUCAGGCCCAGGGGGCCCCUCCCUGGCCUCGGCACGGGCCCGCAAGACUCCCCUCCACCACGGUGACCUGUCUGCAUUGUCUCCGACAUGGGCUCAGACGUGGCCCGGCCCAUAGCGACAGAGACCAAGCGACACUAGCCAGCAGGUCUCUCGGAGAAGAGAUGGUUUUACUGUCUCUGAGUGUCUCUGAUUGGAAUGUACGUGUCACGCGAGGGUCAUUCUCUGUUGACGGGGUCCCCCUCCCUUCCCACGCCUUCUUCUGUACAGCACGUGCAGCGUGAGUAAUAGAGCCCUCCUUCGGAAUCAGAAUCGUGUAUGGACGUGGGCAGAUUUCUCGAAUUUCAGCAAAUAGUUGCAGCUAAGGAAUUUUUUCCAUGACUAUAAAACAUCUUUAGUACAGUUGUAUGGUAUCUCGACGAUCCUCCUGUUUUGCAAUAGGUAACCUAGUUGCUUUUUAAGCUUUACCUUCUAAGUCUUAAAAAUCACACAUUGGAAAACGACAAUAUCAACGAACCUGUGUUCUUUCGAGCAGCGCUAUUUGUUACCACAGGGAGGUUUUGUAAGCGGGCACUGGCGAGCGGUGCAUCUCCAAGGCAAUGAAAUUUUCUAUGCGGAUUUUCAUGUAAACAUGCCGCCUUCUCUUCUUUCUCAGAGAGCUCGAAUCUGCCUGCAAUUUGUCGCUUUUGCUUACAGAUCAUCUAAGUGAACUCUUCGACGGUCUAGCGACGUUUUUCCAAUAAAGUCGAAAUCAGGACCCACUUGUGUAAGAGCUACUAGGGUGGUGAGUGGAAAAAUAUUGUCAGUAUUUCAAGCUGUGUUCCUUUCUUAGUUUGAUAUGGUUACUUCUAUGUUACAGUAAAACAAAACUGAAAAAAUCACAUGCAAAAAAAAAAAUCAACAAAAUAAUAAAAUGAAUGGAAAAAAAAAAACAAACCACGACACCCAGUAGUUCCCACCCCGGUGUAAAUGCUGUCCGCCAGCGGUCUAGCCGAUGUACUCUUUUUUUAAGGUAUUGUUAAUAAAUAUUCUGUCAUUUGUAAAGACACUCGUCUUCCGGGAGCAUUUGUCCUGCCUGCCUGCCAGGUGCCUGGUUAGCUCACCGUGAAUCUGUCAGUUCUCACUUGACGAGGAGUUAAAUAGGGGGGGACGAGGAGUCCCUGCCCGUGACGUCUGCCCAGAGCUGACCCGGGCACAGACCACCACAGCCACUUCCGGUCCUCUUGGGAAGCAGGGAGGGUAAAAGCCACAGGCAAACAUCCCCAAAAUCAGACCUGAGUAUGUCCUCUUGGUGAGCUCAGUCUAAGUAUACUGAGUCUAAGUCGAUCUGUUGCGUGAAGGUUUCCUCUCUCCCGAGUCACGGGGAGGAUAAAAUCUCAGCCGAGCCUUGAAUGUCCUCCUCAGUCUAGUAACCGCCUGGGCUCUGUGCCCAGCCUGAGCCCCAGCCUGACCCUGCCUGCUUCCCCCUCACCUCUGUGCCUUGUCACGUGGCUGCCCUCCCCGGGACCCCCUGUCUAGGGUCGCUCCAGCCAGCUGACCCCGCCCUGUCCUUGGUGAUGGCCCUCCUGACAGAGCUGCCAGCCUGUCCAGCCACACACUCGGUGACCGAUCAGGGACCGCAGUCGGAAGCUCUUGUACUGUUACCUUGCAUUUACCUUAACGCCUGUACUGUUACGUAACGUCCUGACAUGUACGCCUGUCUUCCCGCCUAGACUGUAAGCUCCUGGAGGGCAGGGGUGUUGGUCUUAUCUUCCAUGUACUCUCCACAGUGCCUAGCACAGUGCCUUGCAAUAAAUACUCAUUGAUCAAUUGAUUGAAGGGGU